AUGAGUCCGACAUCUAGCUACACGCAUGUCAAUUGGGCUUUGACUGGGACAGCUGGCGCCUUAACAAUUGGUCGCUAUGCCAUCCGCUACGUCAGCUCACGGCGAUUCUUCUGGGAUGAUUUGGUGCAUUUGUGUGCUCUUGUGGUCUUGAUCGCACAUGGUGGCACAGACCAGCUUUCAUUGAAUUCGAAGGCCAGAAUAAAGAAUGCGGCAAACUCUAAGCCGCGGCCCUCCCAAACCUACCUUCUCGGGCUCUACGAACAUAAUGAACGACUAAGUAGCGUCAAUAACUGUUUCUUGUACUUGGUAUUUUGGAUAGUGAAGCUGUCAUUCUUGAUGCUCUACCGCUUCUUGUUCCAGUCUUCGACACCGUUCAAGAAGGCAUGGUGGGUGGUACUAGCCUUUACCGUUGUGACCUUCUGGGUACCUAUUGCGGGCGUUCUCUCCACUUGUGCUGGUGCAGAUACCGUGGCCGAUUACAAGGCUUGCGAUGGGCAAACUCAUGGACGGGUAAUCAAACUGGAGUACAGCUGUGUUGUGAACAUUGUAUCUGACUUGGCAAUAAUGGCCCUGCCCUUUUGGAUGCUCAAAGACUUGAAGAUCGCUAUGUCCCAAAAGCUCGGACUGGCAUUCAUAUUUUCUUUUGCGAUUGUCUGCGUAGCAUUGGACAUUGUUCGUGUCGUCGAGGCUGUAUCUCAAAACCAAGCACUAUACACCGUCAUCGAGAUUAACUUGGUCGUCGUCAUGUCUUGUCUACCAACAUACCGCUCUUUACUGAGCAUCAGACAACGAAACAAACCACACCAAAGUCACCCCUGGAGAUCCCUCGAACAGGGGAACUAUUGGAGAAGCCAUGAAGGUGACAAUCAUCCGCUCAGGAGACGAAAGUCCAGUGAUUUUGAAGUUGAAAUGAGCGCAAAAUCCAUCCAUAUCACACAGGCCUUGGAUAUAUCGAACGUUGCACGGGACUCGGAUCCGCUAGAUACCACAAGCAAGCCGGCAAGAGCAGCAUCAUCACCAGCUGUCCGCACACAAGCCUUCUCAUAG